GGACCCCAAAAGCUCGGGCAGCAGAACCAAAGAUAGACAAAUGGGACGACACCAAACCAAACGCUGCACAGCAAAGGAGAAAAUCAACAGUGAAGAAACACCGGGAGAAAAUGUGGCCCUCACUUCCCAUGCUCCUCCGCCACCCCUUUCCUCACCUCCGGCCCUCCAGCCUCCUCACCCGAGAGCGGGACCGCCUGACCCUGACGGUCACCUCUGCCUUCCCAAGCGCACCCAGCGCCCGCAGCUGCGAACGAAGCCCGGUGGAGCAGCUCUAGGUUGAACGCCCCUGAUGGCCUCAGCGAUGCCUCCUCGCUCCGUCUCGGUGGCCGGGUGCGUUCCCCCAGUCCCCAGUCCGUCAGGGUCGCUCUGAGCCGGUCCGCCUGUCCGAGCCCCCAUGGAGGGCACGGCGCCCCCGGGCCGGCGGCGGUCGCCGAGGGUGAGCAUGCAGGAGCACAUGGCCAUCGAUGUGAGCCCCGGCCCCAUCCGGCCCAUCCGCCGCAUUUCCGACUACUUCCCGCACUUCUACGCGUUUGCUGAGCCCGCGCUGCACACUCGUGACCAGCGCGCUCCGGCCAUCCUUUCUGCACCCCCGCCGCAGCCUGACCCAGAGCCACCGGGAGACUCGGACGACAGCACUGCGCUGGGCACCCUCGAGUUCACACUUCUCUUUGAUGCGGACAACAGCGCCCUGCACUGCACUGCCCAUCGCGCCCAGGGUCUCAAGCCACCGGCCUCAGGUUCUGUUGACACCUACGUCAAAGCCAAUCUGCUGCCAGGGGCCAGCAAGGCCAGCCAGCUUCGGACCCACACCGUUCGGGGUACAAGGGGACCUGUCUGGGAGGAGACACUCACCUACCAUGGCUUCACCUGCCAGGAUGCUGGGCGCAAGACCCUGCGGCUGUGUGUGUGUGAAGACCCUCGGCUGCGGCGACGGCGGCGGGCACCACCCCUGGGGGAGCUGCGGGUGCCCCUGAGGAAACUGGUGCCCAACCGAGCCAGGAGCUUCAACAUCUGCCUGGAGAAGCGGAGGCUGACCAAGAGGCCCAAGAGCCUGGACACAGCCCGGGGCAUGUCCCUGUAUGAGGAGGAGCAGGCAGAGGCCGAGACGGCUGGGGAGGAACGUGGGCGCAUCCUGCUGUCCCUGUGCUAUAGCUCCCAGAGGGGGGGCCUGCUGGUGGGCAUUCUGCGCUGUGCCCACCUGGCCCCCAUGGAUGCCAAUGGCUACUCUGACCCCUUUGUCCGCCUUUUCCUGCAUCCAAACUUGGGGAAGAAAUCUAAAUACAAGACCAGUGUUCGGAGGAAGACCCUGAACCCCGAGUUCAAUGAGGAAUUCUUCUACGCAGGCCCCAGAGAGGAGCUGGCCCAGAAGACACUGCUAGUGUCUGUGUGGGACUAUGACCUGGGCACGGCAGAUGACUUCAUCGGUGGGGUGCAGUUGAGCAGCCAGGCCAGCGGGGAGCAACUACGCCACUGGUGUGAGUGCCUGGGUCACACAGACCACCGGCUGGAGCUGUGGCACCCGCUGGACGGUGUGCCCCACCAGCUUGGCGACAAGCCAGUACAGGAUCCUGCUUGCAGACCUGCCCCACAGUGGCCAGGACACCCCUGAAGCUGGGAGGAUCCAGGGGACUGCCCCACCUGCUGUACCCAUUCCCUUGACCCAGGGACGUUUCCUAUCCCCUUUCACAUUCACCCCACCACAAAGCCAAAAUAAACAUCUUCUGGCCACACCA